AUGCUGAAUGAUUUUAUGAGGUGCUUGGUGAAUGAUGAAACCUCUGCCUCCUUCUGGUUUGACACUUGGACGCUCCUAGGGCCUCUCAUCUCUGUACUUGGUGAAGAUGGACCAAGAAUGCUUCGCCUACGUAAGAGCGCAACAGUUUUCGAUGCCACACGCAAUGGAGAAUGGCACCUACCUCCGGCGAGAUCGCCUGCAGCUGAGACUGUCCAGAUUGUCUUAACAUCGGUCUCUCCUCCGUCGUUUGACAAGGGGAAGGAUCUAUAUUUAUGGCGCAAGGCGGAUGGCAGCUUUGGACCUUUGUUCUCUUCCAAGACCACUUGGGAACACAUAAGACAGAAAUCUCCUACGGUCUUCUGGUCCAAGGUGGUCUGGUUCAAGGAGCAUAUCCCCCGCAAUGCAUUUGUUACCUGGAUGGCCAUGCUGCGUAGGUUACCGACCCGCGAUCGAUUGAGAAGUUGGGGACUAAAUGUUCCAGCUGCAUGUGUUCUGUGCUCUUCGGGUAUUGAAACACAUCAUCAUCUUUUCUUCGAGUGUGAGUUCUCUUCCAGCUUAUGGAAGCAUUUUGCGCGGCAAAUCCUAGCUGCAGCACCUUCGGAUCUGCAUUCAUCAGCAGCAUUGAUCAAUCACAGGCGCCUGGACAGUACAAGAGGCCCAGUGAUCAAGCUCAUUUUUCAGUCCGCCAUCUACCUAAUCUGGCAGGAAAGGAACGCCAGGAUCUUCACCUCAACAACUACAUCAGCAUCAGGCCUCAGCCGUGCAUUGGACCGCCUCAUUCGGAUCGCCUCAUCUCCUUCCCCUCUCCGGACCACUCGCCUUCGAUGCUGCAGUUCUACUUUUCUUGUAUUCGUCCUCCUUGAGGUGUCUCAAGCUUGA